AUGGCUAGGCUAGAGGUUGACCGAAUUUACCGGGACUACUAUUCUGGCGAAAAGCUUGUCCAUGUUGUCGAAGACACGCCCUUGGGGUUACAGAUAUCAGGAACCCAUGGCGUUGAUAUUGGUGGAUUUGCCAUUCACAGCAGCGGCAAGAGAUUGGUUGUUUCUGCUACUGUGGAUAACCUUAACAAAGGCGGUGCGACUCAGUGUCUACAGAAUAUGAAUAUAGCCCUAGGCUAUCCAGAAUACGAUGGGAUCCCGAUCCCCUAG